AUGAAGAAAAUCAGCAAUAAAGAGAUUCUAAAUAGAUUUUUUGCGAAGAAGAAAGAAGAAUGCUCACGGACAGAAGCUUUUGACAAUUCAUCAUGGUCCUAUGUCGUUAUUCGAAAUAUACCAAAAGAAUUACAUUCGAAGGAUUUACGAAAAUAUUUUAAAGGCUACAUAGAACACGAAAAGUUUGCUUGUUUUCAUUAUAGGCAUCGCCCAGAAGUACAAGCAAAAAACGAUGACGUAGCUGCAAACAAAAGUCGUACAUGUUGCUGUAUUGUUGCUUUCAAAAACAUGCAAGACAGAGAAGAAUUUACUAAAGAAUUUCAUGGACGACUUUGGCAAAACAGUGAGGGGACCGAGUUAAUGCGCCGAUGUUUUAUCGAUCGUUUAAAAGUGGAAAGUUCAACGACUGAAGCUUCUUCUUCCUUACUAUCACGAGAAGAUUUAAAAGAAAUGAUAGAACUAAAGCCACCAGCAGUAAUGCCACAAGGAAACAUUGGUACACCGAGCCAAUAUUUUCUAGAGCAAAUUCGUCAAUGUAAAUUACCGUCGAGUCUAAUACAAAAACUCGGUAUACAAAGUGGAAGGAGAAAACGAAAGUUUGAGGCCGUUCCAUUCAAUUAUAAAAACGAAUGCAUGGAAUCAAAUGACCAUCUACAAGAAAAUUCCAGUAAUAAUAAGAAUGAAAUUUUCAAAAACCCGGAAAAACCAUUACGAGAAGAAUCUAUAGAAGAAGAUUUCUUACGACAAAAACCUCCUGAUAAUGAUGAGGGACCCGAUGACGACGAUGAUCAAUGCGAGGAAUGGGAGAGACAUGAAGCAUUGCACGACGACGUCACUGAACAAGACCGGACGAAGCCCAAAAAAUAUGAAGAAGAAAUGGAAGUGACGUGGGAAAAAGGAGGACCAGGCCUUGUCUGGUAUACAGACAAAAAUUAUUGGGACGAACGCGAAAAAGGAACCGAUUGCGACUGGGCAUGGGCUGACGAUUGGGACGUUGAUUAUUCUGUGUAUUAUGAGGGCAAAUCAGCAGGAGAUUUGGAUGCUAAAGCUGCUGUCGAAAUGCAAGAAGAUGAGCUCUUAAGAUCUGGAAAAUUGGAAAAAUCUGUUUUUACGCGAAGGGCAAAAAACCCUUCCCAAAAAACGCGAAAACGGAAAUAUAGUGAAAACGACGAUCUCAAAAUAAAUAAUAUUGUAGGAAAUCGUUUAUUAAUCAAGAUGGGCUGGAAACCAGGAACGGGAUUAGGACGAAAUCAGCAAGGCCGUGUGGCACCCGUUGCUUUUUCAAUGGAAGAAGAUGGACAAUCUGGAAUGGAGAAAAAAGGAUUGGGAUAUCGAGGGGAAAAGCUGAUACGUACUACAAAUACAUCGAAUUCAACUGACGUCAUUACUAAAUCAAUGCCUCGAAUUCCCAUGAAGCAUGUGAUGUGCAACGAAAACGACUUUGUCGUCUGGCCGACCGCGUCGCGGCGAAAGAUAUUGAUCGAAACUUCGCAGCCCUCAUUGUCGUUGCGUUUGCUGUUUAUUUCGAAGAUCCUUCUGUUCGUCAUCCAAAUCAUUUUGAAGAUGCAUUUCAACGGAUUCACCACUUGUUCACCAAGCUCAUCGUCGUCAUCGGAAGAUGACCGAGUACCCGUUGAAGAAAUGACUGCCACUGAACUCCUGAGUUUGGCAAUUAAGAAGAGACGUUCGCUCUACAAUCGUAAGGAACGCGACUACCGGUGCGAGCUCUUGCAAACGAGCUUCAUCACUUCACUGUGUUCAUCGAAGCGGUCUAAAUCGGACAAGGAACAAUCUAAUUCGCGUUCGUUUGCUUCAUAA